AUGAGCCGGCUCUGCCUCUCUGUAGCCCUUCUCAUCCUCCUCGGCACCCUGGUGGCCACCACCUCGGGGAAUGAAAAGAGCAACCAGGUCCAGGCCCAGCGCCCUGCCUUCUGCCUGGAGCGUCCCUACACGGGUCCCUGCAGGGCCAUGUUCAAGAGGUACUUCUACAAUGCCAAGUCCGGGCUCUGUGAGACCUUUACUUACGGCGGGUGUAGACAUAAGCAGAACAACUUCCCGAAUGAGAAGGAGUGCAUCAGCACCUGUGGUGGCCAUGAGGCCAACGGCCCCAGGAGGAAGGUGGGGAGGGAGGAGUGGACAAGGGUCCAGCUGCAGCUGGUGGAGCUGCACCCGGCCUGGAAGCAGCUUAGGUUCCUGGUUCCCACUGGGGCCAGAGUGACACCUGAUCCUGGGGGAUUGUGA